AUUUCCUCAGGUCUGUAUUGAAAAGUCAGCGCAAGAAGCCGUACAGAUGCCGUGGCUGGAGCAGGUGGUGGAAGUGUACCACAGUAACCCCGCCUGGCAUCAGGAUGACGUGGACGUGCUGGUGAAGACGUCACUGUCACUUAUGUGUGACACCAUCAUCAGCAAAGGGCCCAGCGAGGUUUCCAAUAGAGCUAUGGAGCUGCUGCUGAAGCUGGACGGUGGCUUGCGUCUUCAAUGCGCCGUCGGGCGAUGUCAGCUGCAGGUGCCCCUGGAAGGGCUGGAGGUGGCCCGCUGUGCCGACGAUCACGUGUUGCCGCGGUGCUGUGUGACGCUGCUGCCAGUGCUGCGGCCUGAGACGUGUCAGCUCUGCAACUCCGUGCUGCACAGGGAGCCUGCUGACAUGUUGUGUGGGCGGGAAGCACUGUGUCCCUUGUGUGGAGGAAUAAUGGAGAGCACCACCGUCAGGCGUGCCUCCUCCACGGCUCGGGUGGCCGCCCAAGGCGCUGCGAUGCUACCGAAGGUCCCCAUAGUCGUGCUCAAUACCCGCAGCAGGAAGGGCAAGACUGGAUCGUCUGCAGACAAAAUUUAAAUUUUAGUGCUGAUGGUGAAUUUAUAAAGGGCGACAUUACU